UGGUCACGUACCCAUCGAGAUGUGAUCACCCGCCGACUGGUAAACACAUCUGCCCGUUUCUUGAAAGAAAUACAAGUUAGAGGAAGAAGAGAGGAAAAGAACAAGCCAACCAUGGCUCUUUCGAUCUGUUCAUGUCUACCUAGAUCCACCUAACUGGAUCCAGGUGAGUGCGCUUCUUCCUCUUUUCUCCGUCCCUUCUACAUCCAAAGCGUGUGACUAAAGAGCGUAUGGAUUCUCGAGCUCAUGAAAAAUCUCUUCUUGGAUAUGUGUGUUUUCCUGCUUUAUUCCAAGGGAGCAAAUAAGCUACCGGGGAAUGGCAGCGCGACGCCCUGAAGGUGAGAUGGUUCGCUCGAUUAGGUCUCCACCAAUGGCGGACCAAGCUCGGUUCGCAAAGGUUCCUCAGCCACAGCCAGGACUGAAGUGCCCGCGUUGCGACUCCACCAACACAAAAUUCUGCUACUUCAACAACUACUCCUUGGCACAGCCCCGCCAUUUCUGCAAGACAUGCCGGCGUUACUGGACUCACGGCGGCGCCCUCCGAAACAUCCCUGUCGGUGGUGGUUGCCGCCACAGCAAGCGGACCAAAUCCAGUGCUGGCAGCUCCUCGAAGUCCUCGACCGUGACCACCCAGGCCGGUGCCUCCUCCUCGUCCUCCGCGGCCGCAUCUUCGGCCAUAGGUGGUGCAAUCACGUCGAACAUCCCGCUCCUAUCGCAGCUGGCCUCGUUGCACCCUCUACCAGACUUCGGAGCCACUAACUUCGGCAUGGGCUUAUCAGGCAUCCAAGCCGUAGACACAAUGGGCUUUCAGAUUGGCGGCGGCGGCAUCGAGUUGGAGACUUUGAGGCUCCAGCAAAUGCAUCAGUUUCCUUUAUUGGGUGGACCACAACUCCCACAGCCGCCGCCACCUGCAUCAAUUUCCGCGUUACACCCUUUCGUUAUCGAGGGCUGUGGAUUUCUAGGGGGACCAUUUACCAGGCAAGCUCAAGCGAAUCCGGCUGGUUCCGAGCUCCUAACGCAACUGGCUUCAGUGAACAUGGACAGUCAUCAACUGCUUAAUUCUCCAAGACAGUAUGUUGGUGUCGCUCACAAUGUUCAAUUCUGGACCGGCGGUGGGGGAAGCAGCAACAGCAGUGAUGCCGGUGGAUGGGCGACCGAUCUUUCAGGAUUCAACUCUUCAUCUGGCAACAUCUUGUGAUUGCAUGGUUACUACGGUCACCUUAUAUCAUGGAAGCUUAUCUUUUUGGCAAUGGCUUCGGAAAGGGCGUACUUGAGCAGUAGAUCGUCUUCUUAUUUCAGGCUUAUUUGGAUUUCUUUUUUUCCCAGUUUCGUGAUGUGUUUUGUCUUACACUAUGGUUAUAGAAAUUUGACGAUCGAGUCGUCGGAAAA